AUGUCUGCUACAACAACUACUACUGCUACUACUACUGCUACUACUGCUACUCAAAUGUUCCAUAAAGAAGAUUCUCAAUUUAUUGAAUCAGAUUUAUUUUUAGAUACAACUGCUAUCACUGGACAUCAUGAAGAUAAUAUGAUUGUUCCAAAGACUGCUAAAGUUGAUUCACCAGAAAUUGAUAAAGCUGCUUCUCCAUUUCAUAUUCAUUCAAGUGUUUUAGAUUCUGUUUUCAGUUCUAACUUGGAUGAUCCAAAUUCAAAUAUAGAUCAUACUCCUAUGUUUGAUGAAUUAGAUUUUAUCUUGGACGGAGCCAAGGUUAACUCUAAAGAUGAUUGGGUUGCUUUAUUUGGUGAUGAAGAAGAAAAUCAAAAUGAACCAUUAUUAAAUUUAAAUACAAUUGAGGAAAUAAAUGAAGACGAUUCAAUGAUUCCAAGAGAUGAAAAUCUCGAAGGUUUAUUUUUGGAAGCUUCACCAAAUAAUGUCAAUUUAUCAGAUGAUACAAUUUCAGCAGCUACUACUCAAGCAUCAAGUCCUUCCUUGAGUUCAUGUACUGUUACAACGGCUCCAACUUCAGUUAAAUCAGUUUCUGCUGUUAAACAAUUGGCAACUCCUUCAUCUACUCCAUUGCUUGAUACUAAGGGAACUAAAAGAAAAUUGAAAGAAUUGAAACCAAUUACAAUUAAUGAAACUGAUGAUUCAAUUGCAAUUAAACGUGCAAAGAAUACAUUGGCUGCAAGAAAAUCAAGAGAAAGAAAAGUUCAAAAAAUGUCAAUGUUGGAAAAUAAAGUUGAAGAAUUGAGUAAUGAAAAUGAAAGAUUAAAAGCUUUAUUAAUGGCAAAUGGCAUUGAAUUUUGA